AGAAAUCGUCCCUACAAUUUUACACCAAUAUGACACUACAUUGAAAAAGAAAAAAAAUCCAAAAAUACAUUUUCAAAUACAUUCUCGAGCAAUUUCAUAUUUUAAGAGCUGGGAGCUAGAAAUUCCCAUAGAUUAAUCGUUCGUUGUUGAUUAGCCUCUCCACUAUCAAUAAUCGCUCGUUUAUUUCAUGUCUAUGAUUUCUAGGGUUUCUCUUCCCCCAUUGCCGAGCUCCUGCGCACUCUUCUCCAUUGGAUCCGCUCUAAGAUAAUCUCCAUUCUCCAAUCGAACUCAAAUUCUCAAAUUCUCCUCCCUCCUUUAGCUGAAUACAUUUUUGUAGCAGUUCGAGUGAAGAAGAAGCUGGUUCAAAUGAGCAAGUAUGGCUUGAAUCUUAGGCCCGCAAAGCCGAAAAAACAGCUUCCAAGGCCUUCAAUUGCCCUUCCUUUUGGCUUUAAUGAGGAUGAUGAUAAUAAUGUCGAGAGAGAAAUUGCUAUCCAGGCUAGCAAAACUAAAAGUCUCAAGGAUGUCGAAGAGCAGCAAAAGAAAGCAUUGGAAGAAGAUCCAACCAUAUUUGACUAUGAUGGAGUCUAUGACAAAAUGAAAGAGAAAGUUUCCCGUCCAUUGUUACAAGAUCGUGAAGAGAGAAAGCCAAAAUAUAUUCAAAACCUGAUUCAGAAAGCAAAAGAGCGAGAGCAGUAUCGUGAGAUUGUAUAUGAGAAAAAGAUUGCCAAGGAGAGAAGCAAAGACGAUCAUCUCUUUGCUGAUAAAGACAAAUAUAUCACAGAAGCAUACAGAAAAAAGCUUGCUGAACGAGAGCAACAGAUGGAACUAGAACGUCUACGGGAACUUCAAGAGGAUAGAGAGGAUGUUACAAAGAAAAAGGAUUUUUUGGUUGAUUUUUAUACAAACCUCGAUAAAAAUGUGGCUUAUGGUGCAAAAGAUGCUCAAAGGAGAAAACACGACAAUCGGGCCGAGAAUAGAGUUCCAGAGACACAUGAGGAAAUGAACCCUGAUGCAUCAAAUCAACACCAGGAUGGUGGUAAUACGGAUGAAGAACAUUCAUUGGAUAAGGAAACUUCACCGGCAGAGUCUUCAGGGAAAAAGAUUGGCGAUCAGGGCAAAACUUCCCAUCUUUCUAAAAGAAGUACCAGUCCCUUGGAUAUGAACCCAAAUCUCGCAGCUUCUUCAGAAGAAAAAAGUACAAUUGAGGAGCAAUCAGCUUCACAACCAAAUCCGGAGCAUCACAAAAGAAGUCAAGAUGCUGUGGCUGCAGCAAAAGAACGUUUUCUGGCACGUAAGCGAGCAAAGCAACAGUGAACAUAUAUACCUGACUGUUGCUCAUAGAUGUCUAGUUACACAUGACGGUCUUUCCUAAGGAACUUAAAAAUCAUAGAAUGAACUGUUGUCAGGCUGUAGUGUAAGAUGUUUUUGCCAAUUAUAUGGUUUUUCUCUCUUCUAUGGUGCAAUUUUUCUGUACGGAUCAAACCCCAAUCCUCGCGUGGUUGAGUAACCUGAGCUUGCAUACUUGAAGUUGCUGCUUAUGUCUAUUUUGUACUGUGAAUAACUCUUCGGUUUAGAAUUUAGGUUGUUUUAUUGUUGUUCACUGGACGAAAGUAAGUCCUAAUAUAACAUAGAAAUAUGGAGAUGUUUCUGUCA